AUGGAGUUGGGUAAGUGGGCUGGGGGGGGGGGGGGGGGGGGGGGGGGGGGGGGGGGGGGGGGGGGGGGGGGGGGGGGGGGGGGGGGGGGGGGGGGGGGGGGGGGGGGGGGGGGGGGGGGGGGGGGGGGGGGGGGGGGGGGGGGGGGGGGGGGGGGGGGGGGGGGGGGGGGGGGGGGGGGGGGGGGGGGGGGGGGGGGGGGGGGGGGGGGGGGGGGGGGGGGGGGGGGGGGGGGGGGGGGGGGGGGGGGGGGGGGGGGGGGGGGGGGGGGGGGGGCUAACUGA